AUGUUCCAUUACACGGUGGAGUUGGCCCGGUCGGGACAAGCCAAGUGUCGAGGUUGUGGGUCGGGUAUAGCGAAGGAUAGUCCACGUUUGGGUGUUCAACAGGAGCUAGCGGAGGAGGCUAAGGAGGGUAUGUCAGAUGCUGCUCGUCGUGCAUCAGAGUCAACCAAAUGGUAUCAUUAUGAGCCAACAUGUGUACGUAUGUUGCGAAAGUCAGCUUCUUGGUGGAGUUCUAACUCACCGGAUCCUGAUACUGAUGUAACAGUUGUGAACGAUAUAGUUACGACCGAAGACCUCAAAGCCUUCUUUGAAGAUGUAUUAGAGGCAGCACAAUCCAACGCCGCUCCACGAGCUUUGACUCCAGCACCGACAGUUGGCAAAGCAGUUAAGAAAGAUGAGAUUAAAAAGAAGCGUGCCAAGAAGGAAGAUGACGACCUGGAUAGCGCAGAAGAAGAAGAAGAUACCGCCACACCACCCACUAGCGAAGACGAAGAUGCCGUACAAGAUAAAGUCAAAAAACCAACCACCUCAAGAAAAAGAAGCGCUCCAGCCGGCACCGCUGGAGACAGCCCAAAAAGAGCAAAACCGGCACCUAUAGACGUCGACGCCUACAACGGAGGGGUACUGCCCGAAGACCAGGUCCAACAAAUCAAAGAAGUCAUGACCGAAAUCAAAUCCAAAACCAACAACGUUCUCCAGGCAUCCCUCCGUGCUAAUAAACAGAAAAUAUCUGGGCGAAAGGAAGACCUUGUCAUCAGAGUCGCAGAAUGCACCGUCCUUGGCGCACUACCCAAAUGCCCGGAAUGCAAGAAGGCUGUUUUGUACUACGACCGCCACAGCGGCGAGUACUCCUGCCCCGGUUCAUUUGGAGAUGAGGUGAAGUGCGCGUUCAAGUCGUUCGAGGUGGAGCGGAAUGAUUGGGAAGAGCCGAACUAG